AGGAGUAGCUAGCUGCAUAGUCGAAAUAGCACUGUUCUGGUAUGUCAUGAAGGUUCUUGCGUGCGAGACGGAGUAUUGUGUGAGAACGUAGCUUCUUGUCUGAAAACAAGAAAAUGAACUAAUCAUAAUUGAAUUGUAGCUAGCUAUAACGUAAAUGAAUCGCUCUCUGUGCAGGUGGUGAUUCUCGUGCAGAAUAAAGAAGGCGAAUGUGAAUUUAACAUUAAUCGGCUGUAAUCUUAUGGAUGGUCGUUUUUGGAAAAGAAGUCUAAAGAACUCCGGGUUUCAAGUCUUACCCUUCAGGUGACCCCCCUGUGCCGCGAGGCUGCUAAAGCAGAGCACCCCCUGCAGAUGAGUGUGGCCCACUGCGCGCGAUGGCUCCUUUGCUGAGUGCCACGUGGGGUCCGGGUGUGGCGCUCGGCAGUGGACAGCUGGCCCUGGUGGGCACCAUCGGUGCCCUCACCUCCUUCCUGCUCAUCUCUCUGCUCUUAAUGCUCUGCGCCAGCUGCCAGGGACAAAAGAAGAAAAGCGUACCAAGCGGGGACCAUGAGAACCUGGUGAAUGGGGUGUCCGAAAAGGAGGCGUUCAGCCAGUCUGUCGACAGCCCUGCGACCGACAUGGUGGCCAGUAGCUCCCAAAAUGGGCCACUCACAUGCGUUCUUUCAGAGGACACUCUGGACACCAGUCCCCACCUCUCGGAGGAGAUGCUGUCCAGCCAGUCUGAGCUGAGGUCCUCCAAGUGCCACCAGGACCGCGAGCUUCCCAGCAUCCCCGAUAACAGCGGCCUGGAGGAGGCGGCGGUGACCGUGGCGGACCCCCAGGCCUCCGCCGGGGACGGAACGUACGAGGUGGUGAAGGAGACGGCGUCGCGCGACGUCAGCGUGGAGGACUCCCUGUACGAAACGGUCAAGGAGCUGAAGGACGAGGACGGCAAGGGCCUGGCCAACGGCACCUCGGCCUCCAGCCUGGCCGAGGAGGCCCCGCCCGUCCCCAACGGCCGCCUUAGCCCCGACACCCCGGACCGCCCACCCCUGCAGGCCGUGGUGGAGUACGCGUCCGUCGACCUCAACAAGAAGAGCCGCUACAGCGCCGACCUGGAGGGCCGGCGGGCGGCCGAGGCCCCCGCCCCCCCGGAACCCGAGGACGAGCAGCCCCCGCCCAUCCCCGACAAGGUGCUGGACGAGAACGACAACCAGCCUGCGCCCCUUCUCCCCGGGGGCGGGCUGGAGAACGGCGAGAUACACAGUCCGCUGUCUCCGACUCCCGGACUGGAGAACGACCAGCUCUCUGCGAACGAGCUGUCUGACAUGUACUCCUCGGUGCUGAAGCCCUCCGCCCAGGAGAAGGAGCACGACUACAGCAGCAUCGGCGAGAUCACCGGCCUGCUGGCCGAGUCCGCGUCCGGCGACCUGUACGCCACCGUGAAGGACGUUUACCCGCAGCCUGACGCGGACGCCCCGCCCCAGCCCCCGGGGGGCGCCGGCGAGCUCCUGGACCCCGCCUACGAGACCAUCGGGAUCCAAAAAGAGCCGGAGGGGGAGGAGGGGGAGGGAGAGGAGGCGCAGACGUACAGGGAGCCCGAUUACGAGAGCGUGGAGUUCACCAGGGAGAUCUCCCGGCUCUGACUGCAGCACAGCUGUCCCCGACCUCCAUUUCCCCCGCUCCCUUCGAACUGGACCUCGCUCUCAACCGCCAUCUUACACACACUCAUUCUGGACUUUUCUGGGGGGUGGGGACUGCCUUUGAUCUGUGUUGGUGUCCGAAGGGUCACUCCAAUGUGAGGCUUUUAUUAGCCCAGUGGCCUGAAUUCAUUCAUGUAAAAUCACGUCAAAUCACGGUCCUCGAGGUCCGAGAACUGCUGGUUUUCCACUCUUCCUUUACCUGGGAGUGUGAGGAUAGCCUGGCCAAUCAGUAGCACAAAUUGUUUCGCUAAUUACCCGGGAGAAAAGAAAUCCGGGGCCAGAUUUGAUGAGGGCUGACAUAGUGCAUUUUGUUGACUCUUGUUUCUGCUGGUUAUGACAAAAGUUGCUCCAUAUGAAAUACUGUUGGGUUAUUUCUACAUCCUACCCACAGACCAGUGCUGAACAGACACAGUCUGAUGGGCAGUGGAGGAGAGCAUGUCCCAGUGCCUGGUAACUAGUGUAUAUAAAAGGGAGGUGUUUUAUUUUUUAGGCGUUUUAUUUUAUUUUUAGGAAAAAUUAAAUGGACACAUUGCAACAAGGGUUCUCUCAAUUCAGACCUUACACAUCGGCCAACUUUGCACAGGUAUUAUGGCUUUAAAUGGUUUUCAGAAAGUUUGUAUUUUAAAAAGAAUCUUGAUUGGCACAAUACCUGUCCUGAGUUGUGAUUGGCUGGGCAUGUUUGUAUUGAAGUUCUGUUAGGUCUGUGAUGAGUAACACCUAUGCUGGAUGCCUGUAGCUUUCAUUGUCUAAUUGGAAUUCUGUUUGCAGUAGAAAGUCAUUGACUUGGUGUUUUAGGACUAGAUUGGUUGACUGUUAAAGGGUAAAAAAAUAUACCAAACCUCUACUCUCAAGGACUGGUGCUGCUAAUACAAGGGAGUAAAUGGGAUUAGAUUAUGAAAACUCUUAAUUUCUAAGAAUUUGUGGGCAUUUUUAUGUGAUUAGGUUUGAAAGAUUAGUAGUUGGUUGAAGCACACUGUAAAGGUACGCGUGUGACCCUAGAACAGAGGAGCUUGUAUUGUAGCUGACGUACCAUAGACAUUAUAAUUGAACGGAAUAACUAAAUACUUCAUUUUUACAGCUUUAAAUGGCAAAAUUAAGAAAGUAUAUUUUCUUCAUUGCUUAUUCUUUAAAAACCCUUUCCGCUAACAGCAGCAUCUUAUUGUUGUGUAAACCAUGAAAAAAGUUAAAGAACUUACAAGCCGCACGUGAAGGUGCAGCAAGGCUCUGAGCAUAUUGAUUCAUGCUGACGUUGGAAUCUUGUGAUUUGUUUAUCUGUAUGUGUGUGUGUGUGUGUGUGUGUGUGUGUGUGUGUUUUAAUAGCUCACAGGAUUUUUAUCCUGUUUUGAAUGUUAAUAUAAUUUUUCACAGUAAGUAACUGCUAAAUAAUUAGGUAAUCUGACAAUUUGGUGUUUAAUAACUUGUACCUUCGUUUAAUUUUAAUUUUAUUUUUGAACCCUUUGCUGAAAUUCGGUACGCAUAUGCUGGUCAUGUCGAAGGACUCUCAUGCACAAUGUACGUUGUGGUACUGCAGCACAAGCCCUAUCACGUUUAUCUUGUUAAAACGGCACUUAAAAUGUCAGAUUAAUUAUUUUUCUGUCGUAUAUACCCAUUGUUGUCACAGAGAUGCAUGCGUAUACGGUAUAUAAUGAUGACAACAGGCCAAAAGAGGCCUGCAUCUAUUUGCAAGAUUGUAUCCAUUUUUUCAGUUAUUGUAAGGAUUUACAUUAGCUUCCUCAUUAUUAAACAGCCUUCACCUCGCCUAAUUUUCACAUGGGAAAAGUAUAGUCAGUUGUAUCUCUGAUAGGCUGCCAACUGACUGCAGUGAGGACAGAAAAGCACAUACUAUUCUAUUAUUCUGUAAUUUAUAGUUCAUAUCUUUUGAAAUUAUGGUAUUUUAUAGAAUGGUGGCAACUGUAAGAUGCAUGGCAUACUGCUUUGACUGACAGAAUAGGUUUGAGACAAAGGUCAACAGCUCAUUAAAAUGUGCCACAUGGGGGUGUAUUGAGCCCUGUUGAAAAGUGUUAAAAUAACAAAUUUAAGCUACUGAUAUUUGUUUCUGUCUUGAAAUCCAGUGUACAGUAAUUCCUCCUCGUGACUUCAGUCCAGUCGUGGUACAUUCUAUUGGUACAGGCAGUUGCCAUGUUUAAAUGUGUUAGCAGUUAUUUUUGAAUAUAGAGGUACUUUUAUUUAAAUAUAUAUAUAUAUUUAAUUGCUGUUGUUCAACAUUUAAAAUUUGUAUUCUCAGCUUCAAGCUAUCUGAGUGCACAUUGAUAUCUGAAAAUGAGCAUUGUAGAACUGCUGGCAAGAAAAGAAAUGUAGUGCUUUAUAUGGAAUAUGUAUGUCUUCUUUUCAGAAUACAGUAGACGCAUUACUGAAACUGUCAUCAAUUUAGACCAUUGUUAUGGCAUUUGCCUGAUAUUAAGUCGACAAAGCGAUGUCAAACUGAAUUGCCCAGUAUGAGAACAAAUCUGCAUUGAGGCAGUACAUUUCAGCCAUUAACUGUCCUCAGAAAAAUGGAAGCUUGCAUCUGAGAUUUUUAUAUGCAUUUUAUAGGGAGUAAAUCUCUUUGUGAUUAAUAUUUAUGAAGAAAAUUACUCCCUUGCUCGAUUCACAUGCCCUCUGAUUAUUCCAUGCAGUGAAGUAAUGCAAUCCUUUAAACUUAAUGAUGUUCAUGGAUGUGCCAUAAAUUGUUUUUUACGAUCUGUCAAAGGUGAGCAUCGCUGCCUGAUUUUACAAGGUACCACACGCUGUGCUGUACGUAGGCUCUACAUACAGUGAGCUGCCAGGACAGUGUAAAUGAGGGUCGGCGAGAAGAUAGGAAAAACAGGGAACGUUUGCGGCUUCUCGCACCAGGAAACGGUCGAGCCUGUUUAUCAAACUACCUAUUCGAAUAAAGAAUGUACAUACUUAACCAAA